CCUGUGUUUUCAUUUAUUUCCUUCAGCAUAUCAUCAAAAUUUUAUUUUCUUAUUGGACUCUAUUGGAUAUCUUAAGCUAAGCUAAAAAAUCUCAAUUCAAUAGAACGGAUAUAGCAAAAAUACAGCAAAUAUACAAAAAUCAUUAUAAAAACAGUGUACUAACGUUCUCAAACAACAGAAAGACGAUAUAGUGCAAAAAUGAAUAUAAAUUUACCAAAUUUCAAUGUGAAAAAUUUGGUGAAGGAGGCGGGGAGUACUCUGUCCAGAGUGGUGCAGCUAACGGAGGAAAAACUCGGCACUACAGAGCGCACCGAAUACGAUAAUGAGUUCCAGAAUCUCGCUGAACGUGCCGAUAUAACCAAGUCAUGGACAGAGAAGAUAGUACGCGAUACCGAAACAGUAUUGAUACCGAAUCCACAAAAUCGCAUAGAAGAUUUUAUUUUUGAGAAAAUCGAAAAAACUAAACCACAACGACUGAGCAACUUAGAGCACUUGGCUUUGGAUAUGAUAGAGGCUGGUGGUGAUUUCGGACAAGACUUACCAUAUGGGCAAGCGUUAAUAAAAGUUGGUCAAGCCGAACAGAAACUAGGACAAUGCGAACGUGAUUUUAUUGCAUCUUCCGGUAUAUGUUUUACACAACCGUUGCGGAAAUUCUUAGAGGGUGAAAUGAAAACCAUUACGAAGGAACGAGGCAUAUUAGAAACUAAACGGCUUGACUUGGAUGCUUGCAAAAAUCGUGUGAAGAAAGCUAGAAGCAUGUUGGGACAACAGGCGAAAGAUGGUGUCUCUCCGGAGGCAGUGCUUGAACAGGCUGAACGAGAUUUGCGUGUCGCCCAAGCGGAAUUCGAUCGUCAAUCAGAGAUUACCAAGGUAUUGCUUGAGGGCAUCAGCACAUCACAGGCAUCGCAUUUGAGACAUUUACAUGCGUUCGUUGAAACACAGGUGCGUCAUUACAAGCACUGCAUGGAUGCAAUGAACAAUUUGCAACGCGAUUUGGCCAAUUUGGGAGGUCCCACGCCAUAUGUACCGAUCGAUGUAUACAACGAUAAUGAUGGCAGUGCCGCUGGUGGCAUUGGACUCAAUGCUGGUGUUGGUGUUGGCAACGCGGGCGUUGGUGCUGCCGCUGGCGCUGGUGUAAGUGCUGGUAGUGGUGCUAGAAGACGCAAUCCCGGCGAUCCGACGCUGAAUGCUGAACAAAUGCGACGCGCACGUGUACUAUGCGCUUACGAUGCAAAAGAUCAUACUGAAUUGAAUUUAAAUGCAAAUGAGGUGAUUUUCGUAACUGAAUGUUCACCGGUAAACCCGGAUUACAUGUAUGGCAAGCAGGGCUUGUUGAAAGGGCUAGUGCCACGCGCAUUUCUCGAAAUGCUCGACGACGAAGAGAAUGACACGUAUGCUGGCACGAAUGCUUAUUGAAGGAACGUCUAAUAAAAGCAUUUCAAGUGCAAAAUUCCACAAAUGCAAAGCCAAAAAAAAAAAAAUGCACCAGCACACGUUCCAUAAGCAAAAACAAAACAAAAAAAAGCAAUGUUAAGAUAAAUCCACAAAUACUCAUACAAUUUAUUUAAUUUAUACAUAUUUAUUUAACGUUGCGCCAAAAUGAUGCAAGCAAAGUUAUAACAACGUAAACGGUAUAUAAUUAGCAAUGUUAAAUUGAACUAGAAAUUGCAGUACAAUAAUAAAAAUAAUAAUAUAAAACAUAAAUAAUAAAUAAACUAAAUAACACGCCAACAAAGAGUAAGCGAAAAUAUUUAAUGCCAACAACAAGUAAGAAAAAAUAUUUAAUGCGUGUUUGAAAUGUGCAAAAUUGUAAGCUGCGCGCGAGACAUGUUGUAGUGGCAUUGCUUAGCGACUAUUAACAAGCAUUGUUGUAGUGUUGUAGGUUUGCUAAACAAUAAACAAAGUAUAAAGCAGUGGUACAUAAUAAUACAGACGUAUAGUAACUACAAAACGCAUGAUAAUCACAAUUAGCGUAUAUUCAUAUAAACAUACAAAAUGCAUAUUAAAUACAAAGCGUGUAAUUCAUAUUUUUAAUUUUUAAAUAAUUCUGCGCAUUUUGGUACUGCAUAUGUAUGUAGAUAUAAAAAAAUAUGAUUUUUUUUAAUAUGCUUUUUUAGUUAUAAGUUUAAUUGUAGGGUUUUUAAUUUAAUUAAUAUUUAUUUUUCUUUAUGUGUCUUCCAGCAGCAGUAAACAGUAUUUUUUGUUUAAUUGAUUUUAAAGAAUCUCAACACAUUCCUAAGUGUAAUUGCAGCAUACACAUUUUAGCGAAAAAAAAACAUUAAAAGACAAGAUGAAAGACAAACAAAAUAAUCGUAACGUAGAACCGGGUGAAUUGUGAAUUGCAUUGAAUUAAUAAAAAUAUAUUCUUAAUAAUUUAACAACGCAAUGUAAUUUUUCCUUUAUUUUACAAUUGUUUGUGUAAUGAAAAUUUUAUUUUUUGUUUUUUUCAAUAUUUUUUUUUUUAUAAUAUAUUUAUGAAAAAACUUCAAGUCGUGCUAAUUUUUGUCUAAAUUUUGUAGGUUUUGUGACAAUAGCAAAUUUUAUGUUGAAAAAAAAUCCAAAACAAAAUAAUAUUUGCCUAUUUUAGUACUUAAAGCAGCUGACCUAAGCCUAACGUCAAUUGAAAUACAGUUAAAUAAGUACAUAUAAGAAAAUAGUUAAAGUCAAGCUAAAUAAUUUAAAUGCAUGUACACUUGCAUAUCACUUGCAAUAAAAAUUAUGCUAGAUUAUUUAAGGUGCAAUUAAUGUGUGUCAAUUAGACAAUAUGCAGUAUUUUUUUUUCGUUGCUCCGUUAUAAUAGUAAAUAUAAUAAUAAUAAAAAAUAAUAAAUUUUAAAAUAAUAAUAAUAAAUACAAAAGUUUAAACAAAUUAAAGCAAAAAGACAGCUCAAUAUAUUAUAUUUAAACGUACAUAUGUAUGCAUAUAAUAAUAAAAAAUAACAAUAUUAUAAAAUUUCCAAGUUAUUUGUGCAAUUUUGUCCAAUCCAGUGCAAUAAAAAUUUAAAAUAUUUCAAAUUUAAAAUUCCACAGUACUUAUAAAAUUUGUUGCAUUUGCUUAAAAAUAAAGAAACUACAUAAUUUCUAUAUUGUUACGGCUUAAAUAAUUAACUAAAAAAAAACAAUAAAAAAAAUUUUAUAUAACAAAAUUAAAAAUCCAACAAUUACAACGAAACAUAAUGCAUAGGUUUCCACAAAACUAAAAAAAAAUAUUGUUCUUUUCGCUUUAAAUAUAUUAAUACUUUGAGGUUAUGUCAUUAACUUCGUAACAUAAGUUAUGAGAAAUAUUAAAAUAUAUAUAUAUUUGAGUUCAACUACUAAAAAUUAAAAAAAAAAUAUUAAUGAAUACUUGAAUACAUGAAUUUCAAAAAUAAAUGAUUAAAGCAGAAAAACGUAUAAAGAAGUAAAUAACAACAACAAAUAUCUGUAUGUACACCAAGUGUUAAAUGUAUUAACAUGGAAAACGUAUGUGAGUGCCUCGUGCAUGUGGCAAUAAUUUAUUUUUAGCGAUUUGUUAUUUAGUAGUUAUUUGUUUAUGUACAAUAGUAGUGAGCAAAAAAAAAAAAAACCAAACAAAAUAGCAAACGUAAACGUGUAUAAUUUUAAGAAAGACAUACAUAUAUACAUACAUACAUAGACUCACAUAGUAAAAUAGUGCUUGAACAAAAAAGUAACUUCCUUUGUGUAAUUAAAUAACUUUUUGUCUAAUAUAACUGUAUUAUUAUUGACUAUUAGUAACGAUUUAGUUAUUUCAAGCAGCUAUGUAUGCCACGAUUUGUAAGCACUAUGCUUUGCGAAAUAUGCAAGUGAAUUUCUAUAAACAACUUACUGCAUUCCGAUAUUAUUAUUAAAACCAUAAAUGUAUUGCAAAUAAUAAAGCAAAUAUAUAAACAAAUAAAACGAGA